UGAGAUUUUAUCCCCCGUCAGCGGCAGAUCCGUCCAGACUCGGAGCUUCUGCACAUUAUUCUCAAUCCACCUACUGCAGCAAGCUGGACGGAGAGAACAUGUUCAUGCCAGCGCCAGAGCCGAGCCAGGACUUUGUGCCAGGGAACCAGUAUUCGAACCCUAAACAGACUGGAGCUCAGUGGAAGAGAGAAACUCACCUAGACGCCCAUCGUCUACAUCACUGGCACUUGUACCCGGGUCUGGGCGACGAGGACUUUAACAUCCCCCCCAUCACGCCCCCCUCCCUCAAUCACCUGGGUGAGAGCGAUUUGGGGUCGUACCACCAGCUCUGCCCCCCCAUCCCUCACUCACUGCACCCCUUCAGCAUGCAGGGAAUGGAUCUGCCCAACAUGACCCACCAAAACAUGACGGGACAGGAUGGGAACCUGCUGUCAGUGAUGCAGCAAAUGGUGAGCCCGGACUCGCCCUACACCUGCCCUCCUCAUCUGGACCCCCUCAGGUCCAGAGUCCAGCCAGGAAUGCUUCCUCAGGGUCAGCUGACCACCAUCAGCCAGUCACAGCUGGCCUCACAGCCGGGCGUGUCCAGGAACGGUGGGGGGAGCAGAACCAACGGAUCUCCGUCACCACCGGAGAGCAAAUCGGCCACGCCCUCUCCGUCCAGCUCCGUCCACGAGGAUGAUGCCGAGGAGGUCGUCAAGGGCGUGGCUGAGAAACGAGCCGCCACAGACUCCGCCAAAAAACCCAAAACCCCCAAAAAGAAGAAGAAGAAGGACCCCAACGAGCCCCAGAAACCGGUCUCAGCGUACGCUCUGUUCUUCAGGGACACGCAGGCUUCCAUCAAGGGGCAAAACCCCAACGCCACGUUUGGGGAGGUGUCCAAAAUCGUGGCCUCCAUGUGGGACGGGCUGGGGGAGGAACAGAAACAGGCGUACAAGAAGAAAACGGAGACGGCGAAGAAGGAAUAUCUGAAACAGCUCGCCGCGUACAGAGCCACCCUGGUCUCACAGAGUUACAUCGAGCCGAGCGACAUGAAGCCGUCUCAGGGGCCUCAGAUGUUGGGCCCCAAGCCGCCCUCCUUCCCGUCCCACCCAGGGCUCUACGCGGCCCCUCCGUACCCUCAGCAGCCCCAACUGCACCCCGGACUCGCUCGCGGCGGCUCGUCUCGACCCGGCGGGAACAUCGGCAUGGGCAGCAUGGGGUCGACGCCCCCGCCGCUCCAGAUCAGCCCCCCCCUACAGCAGCACAUGGGCCUGCAGCAGAUCAACACACACAACAUGCACCUGCACUCGCCGUCCAUGGCUCAGGCGUACCCUCUGCAGGCGGACUAUCAGAGUGUGAUCAGUGUCUCCUCUCCCUCGGUGGACUAUCGUAGCGGCUGCAGGACUGGACCGUCACCGACCGUCGACUGGACCGCCGAGUACAACAGCGCUCUGCAGAGGGACAAAGCUCUGUACCUGACCUGAUCAUCAACCAUCAACUCCUCCAGCCUCUCACACACACACACACACACACACACUCUCUCUCACACACACACACACACACACACACACACACACACACACACACACACACACACUCUCUCUCUCUCUCUCUCUCUCUCUCUCUCUCACACACACACACACACACACACACACACACACACACACACACACACACACACACACACACACACACACACACACACACACACUCUCACUCACACACACACACACACGGUCCGCUCCGAGCGGGUGUGUGUUGGUUCUUCAGCUCUGAUGCUGAGUUAAGCUCCAGAAUAACCAGCUUUAGCGACUCCGCUGGGUCGGGUUCGGUCCUCGCGGAUGAAGUGAAACUGUGAGUCUGUUAGCACUUAGCGCUGGACCUCCAGCGUAUCCACGUCCCAAACUCCGAGUCCACACAAGCCAUGAACUCAACAAUCCUGUGUGAGGGUUAGAACCUAAAACCUACUGAAAACACACAAAAUAAAAGCCAUAAAUGUUUGGACACCCUUGUUUGGAUGCUGUGUCCUUUAAGAAACAAGCGUAGUCGCCUGUGGCUUCUUUUCCCCUAGCCAGCGGUGGAUCCUCACAGAACCGUGUGUUCCUUCACUGCUCCUGCAGGAGGCGCUAAAACAGCCACAAUGAGGAGCAACUCUAUCCAACCGUUCCUUCAUCAGACCAGUUGUGUCUGUCAAGCGCUCCGUCUUCUAAGUGUUCCCUUUUCUUUCAAUCUAGUCAUAUCCAAUUCCCCAUUUGCAUCUACUCUGACCUGGAGGGUCGUGCCUAACACGCCUCCUCCAACGUGUGCAGUUUACAGCCACUUCUUUUCACCCGUAUGGCUGGUUCACACAGUACUGAGAGUCACGCAAUGCUCUCCAUUAUUCACCGUCUCUGUGCAGUACCACAACCAGCCAGCAGAGGCCGCUACUGCAGCAGAAACCUCCGAUUAUGUCUGUGUAGGCGCCCAGUCGGAUGAAUUCUGUUUGUUUACCGCAUUAAACAUAUUAAAUAAAAGAAAACAUCAAAUAUUAAAGGUGCCAUAAAUAAAAUUUUUAUGCUAAAUACGGUAAAUAAACAGACGUCGGAAAUUAU